UGCCUCCAGAAUAUGAUGGCAAGUCACCUUGUAAAACCUGAUACUAGAAGUUGCAAGAGGCCAAGAGAAACAGAGCCUCAAAUGCCAGAUAGUCCACAGCUGUCCUCUCUUGGAAAAUCAGAUUCACUUUGCUCUGAGAGUUCUGGACUAUUUUAUAAAGAUGAAGCCCUGGAGAAAGAUUUGAAUGAAAUGAGCAAGGAAAUUAAUCUAAUGUUGUCUACAUAUGCAAAGAUCUUAAGUGAGAGAGCAGCAGUAGAUGCAUCUUAUAUUGACGAGAUAGAUGGACUCUUCAAAGAAGCCAAUGUUAUUGAAAAUUUUCUAAUACAAAAAAGAGAGCUGUUGAGACAAAGGUUUACAGUGAUUGCAAACACACUGCACAGAUAAAAUGUGUACUUAAAAUAAACUGAGAAUUUAAAUCCAUUAUUGUUGUAAUAAAAGAAUGAUGUUUGUGCUCUGAAAGUUCUCUUAUUAAGGAAAACAGACUACAGCAGGGAAAGGGCAACUGCUUGAAUUUGUUUUCUAGAUUUUAACAGGGGCCUUAAGCUGUACAUUAAUAUGAACUAUGUGGCUUUUCUUUUGAGGCUUAAUUAUUUGGUGCAUUUUAUAAAAGUGUA